CAGGAGGUCUUAAGUGCAACCAGUUAAUUUAUUACUUUGCAAGAAACUGAUUAAAGUUUUGCAGCUUAUCGUACAUUCAUCGCAAGAAGAGGUACCUAUAUCUAUCGAUAUCGAUAUCAGUAAAUUUUGUUGUGUCUCAUUCCUAAUACGUCAAAAAUACCAUGUGCGUGCGGUUGAUCUGCGAUUAAAUAUAUUAUAUACGAAUAUCUCGCGAUUUUUUUGGUUAAAUAGUGCCAUGGAUUACGCUGUAGGCAGCGUGGCAGCUUUAAUAUCCGGCAAUGUGACUCCUAAUCGCCCUAAACUUAUUAAAAAGGCCUUAACUCCUAUGAAACAUCAGCCAUCGCCGAAUGUUACACCUAAAAGUGAGUUGGUUGAUGAUAGAUCAAUUUUCCUGUCUCCCUCCUUGCAGAAGAAGAAAGCUAUAGUCAAGAAGUCGCCCAAGAGAAUCUUUGAGAACCCAGAUUUGGACGUAACCAAUGACAGUGAAGGUAAUUCUAGUUUACCAAGUCCGCAUGCUGACAAAGUAAAGAAGCACUUAAAAGAAGACUUAGAAGCUGAUAACAUGGCUAAAACUGGUCCUGAAAGUCAAAAAUCUCCGAAGAAAGGCAAAGGUAAGCUCAAUAAGUCUGUAGAGCCAGGUACACCAAAGAAAAAUAAGAAAGUAAAUCAAUUUAAUGAGGGUGAUGAACCUGUGGAUAGUGUUCAAAUUGUAAAUGAGAGCACACCUACAAAGAAGAAAAAGCAAAAGACUUCAAUAUCUGUGUCAGUAGAUGAAGAGAAAAGUGAUAAAGAAAACUCAAAUAAAAACUCUGCAACUAGUCUUGAUUUUACAGCUACUGGAAGAAAUAAAAAGAAACGUAAAUCAAGUAAUGUGACUGAAGAAGUGAGUCAAAAUGGUGAAUCUGUUGCAGAGGAUGAAAGGGGAGGAAGUCCUAAGAAACAAAAAAAAACAGACCCUGAAGAAAAUCAAAAUCAGGAAACACUUGUUACAGAAAAUCAAGGCAAAUCUAAGAAGAAAAAUAAAAAGAAUAAGAAAAAGAAUAAUAAACCACAAAACAAUGAAACAAGUGCUGGAACAGAAACUGUAGACGAAAAUGAAUCAAUGAAUCAAGCAGUACCAAAAAAGAAGAAAAACAAAAAUAAAGGAGUUGUUAAUCCAAAUGCAAUUACAAAUCAAGAUUCAGAUUCGGAACACGAAUCUGAUAAUGAGAUAGAAUCUGAUACGGAACAGACAAAUAAAGAAAUACUAGACACAGGACCGGUUGAAGACAGUUCUGAUGAAGAAGAAGAAAAAACAAAGGCAGAGAAAGAAGAAAAUAAAGAGAAAAGAGAAGUAAAUAGCGCAGAAGUAAAAAGAACUCUUUUUGUAGGCAAUGUGCCAUUUAGCAAUAAAUGCAAAAAGGAAAUUAAGAAGAUUUUCAGCAAAUACGGACAGAUAGAGACAGUUCGUAUCCGCACAAUCCCAGUGAAAGACGCUCGAGUGACCCCUAAACUGGCGGUGAUCAAGAAUGAGCUGCAUCCGGAGCGAUCCACUGUCCAUGUGUACGUCAAGUUCAAAGAUGAGGAGUCUGUUGACAAGGCCCUAGCAGAAAACAAUACAGUGCUAAACGCCCACCACCUGCGCGUAACCCGCAGCGACUCCACCGGGGCGGAACACGACCCACGCAGCGCCGUGUUCGUGGGGAACCUGCCCUUUGCGAUAGAAGAUGACGUAUUGAGGAGGAAGUUUGAGAAAUGUGGAGAUAUUGAGUCUGUAAGGAUUGUCAGGGAUAAGAAGACUAAUGCUGGGAAAGGUUUCGGCUACGUAAACUUCUUAUCGAAAGACAGCGUAGAAUUAGCCUUGUCUAUGACUGAAGAAGACUUGACCAUAAAGAACAGAAUACUUCGCGUCAAUCGCUGCACUAUGGGCAAUCAGAAGAGAGAUCAAGGCAAACCUGGUAGGCAGGGAAACCCUGGAAAAUUCCAAGGAAGACCCGGAAAUUCUGGAAGGUUCCAGGGAAGACCUGGAAAUUCCGGGAAAUUCCAAGGAAGACCCGGAAAUUCUGGGAAAUUCCAAGGAAGACCCGGAAAUUCUGGAACAUUCCAAGGAAGGCCAGAUAAUGCAGGGAAGUUCCAAGGAAGGCCUGGCAAUCCGGGGAGGUUCCAAGGGAAACCGGAUAGAUUCCAGGGGAGACAGGGGAAGCAAGAGGAAAGUGAUGGGGCGUACAGACGGAUCAUGAAUAAACGACAAAAUGAGGAGAGCGCCGCUGGGCCUCCUAACAAGCGGCCGAACACCGCUCAGCCUAACAAGGAGAAGAAACCGAGGAAGGAGUUCGUAGGCAUGACCUCGGAGAAAAAAAAGAAACACAAGUUCGACAAAGGUUCGAAAAAGAAGAAGGCACUGAGUGAGAUAUUGACGAAGUUCAACUAACGACGCAUAAUGCUUGUUAUAAUUGUAAUAAAUCGUGUGAUAGGUACCGUAAGUUAUUGUUUUGUGUUACUUUUGUCGUAUUAAAGACUAUUACAUUUAUUAA